AGUGGCGCUGUUGCAUACUUGUGGUGGCGCUGCUGUGUGAAUCUCUCUUUACGUUUUUGGUGGUCGUUCUUCUCGUUGCGCUAAGCAAAGUGCGAACUUUUAUAUCCGUCGUGAUAUAAGAGAUCUGUUAAAUUUAUUGCCAGAACCAUGGUUCAGAAAAAGCCGAAGAAGAAGGUAGGAAAAAAGGUGGCUGCUGCACCUUUGGCAGUCAAGAAGAUUGAACCCAAAAAGCAAACUAAUCCCUUGUUUGAAAAACGUACUCGUAAUUUUGGUAUUGGACAGGAUAUUCAACCUGCCCGUGAUUUGAGCCGCUUUGUAAAAUGGCCCAAAUAUAUUCGUAUUCAACGGCAGAGAGCUGUACUGCAGAAAAGACUGAAAGUACCACCACCAAUCAAUCAAUUUACACAGACAUUAGAUAAACAAACAGCAACACAAUUGUUCAAAAUGUUAGAAAAAUAUAGACCUGAAUCAGCUACUAUGAAAAAGAUGAGGCUAAAAGCUAGAGCUGAACAAAAAGUUACAAAAAAAGAAGAUACACCAACAAAAAAACCUAAUAUGCUACGUAGUGGAACAAACACUGUCACUACCCUUGUAGAACAAAAAAAAGCUCAGCUUGUGGUAAUCGCUCAUGAUGUUGAUCCAAUUGAGGUUGUUUUAUUUUUACCAGCCCUUUGUCGUAAAAUGGGCGUACCUUAUUGUAUUGUGAAAGGUAAAUCACGGUUGGGACGUCUUGUCAGGCGUAAAACUUGUACUGCAGUGGCUUUGGUACAGGUUGAUUCCGGCGAUAGAGCCAAUUUCUCGAAAUUGGUUGAAGCAAUUAAGACAAACUUUAAUGAUAGAUACGAUGAAAUCCGACGUCAUUGGGGUGGUGGUCUGUUGGGCAGUAAAUCUGCUGCUAGGAUAGCUAAAUUAGAGAAGGCUAAAGCAAAAGAACUUGCACAAAAGCAGGGUUAAAUAUCUAUCUGGUCACUGAAUAUUGUUUUCUAUGUACAACAAUAAAACAGAAAAU